AUGCGCUUCGACAAAAGCCAACAUGCAAAUAUAGUUACACAUAUAGAGAAAGGUGUAAUUUCUACUGGCAUAGGCUGCAAUCAAGAUACAAGCCUUGCAAGACCUAAAGACACACAUUGGGAAUCUCAUUAUUAUGCAAUACUUCAUCUUCUAAUGAUGUGGCCAGGGAUAAUGGAUGUUGUUGGAAAUGUUCAUGAUGAUGGAACUAAUCCUGACCAACAAGGUGCAGCUUUACGUUUGAUUGAUCAUCUGGAAAGAUUUGAAUUUGCGUUUAUAUUAUUUUUGAUGAAAAAGGUGUUAGGUAUCAAGUUUAAGUUGCAAUCAUUAAGAGAUGAUGGAUGGGAUGAAUUGUUGGCUAAUGGUUCAAAGUUUUGUGUUGAAAUUGAUAUUGAGAUGCCAAAUAAUAUGGAAGGAAGAUUUUUGGUCUCCGGUCAUGCAAGAUUUCUUGAUAUGAUUAUGCAAGAUAUGAAUAGUCAUUUUUCAGAAUCUACUAUUGAAUUGCCUUCUUGCAUAAGUUUCCUUGAUCCAAAACAAUCAUUGUCAAGAUUUGAUUCUAUUAAAUUAGUUCGUAUUGCCAAGCUUUAUCCAUAA